CACACAAUUAGGGUGGAGACCUGAUUUAUGAACAACUCGUAAAUCAUCUGAAGCCAGUUUCCUGUUCACAGUCAGCCCUCUGUAAACACUCAGUGUGUCCUUGGCGGCUUACCUCUCCCAGCGAUGCAGACACGUGGCAGCCGUCUCCUACAUAAGUCUGCUGUGGCUGUCCCUGGGUGCACGGCCUGUGAGGACCCUUGCUCAUCACAAUGAAUGCUCUUCUGGGAAGCCUCGUGGUUUUGGCCACCUUUGUGACUUUAUGCAAUGCCCAGUGUAUGUUCAUACCUCGUACAUACGUUCCAGGCGAUCUCUCUAAUGAAUGUACGGAUGCCAAUGGGGUCAAACACGCACUGAAGUCCACCUGGAAGACCGAGGACUGCAAGGAGUGUUCCUGUGGCCCCGACGGCGUUCACUGCUGCAGCACUGUUGCUGUACCUAAGGAUUAUGACAUUAGCAAGUGCAAGAAAAUCUUUGACAAGGACAACUGCAAGUUUAUCGUGGUGGAGCAGGAGAAUCCAGACCGACAUUGUGUUGUCAGUAAAUGGGUGUUGUAAUGUGCUUCUAGUGGGCCCGGGUCCUCCCAGGCCAGGCCUCGUUCUCCUGUGGCCUCUUACAGUCUGGAUUGUGUAACCCUACCUAUCAGUAAAAAAUAAAAUAAAAUAAAAUUUGA